AUGGAUCCGUUCGAAGUGCGCAUGCAAUUCCUGGGGCUGCUCAGGAGACUGGAUGCCUCCCAACAGUCUAUAAGAAAGAUCGUCGGCUAUGCCGUGAAAUACUGUCCUUCCUGCGGUGAAGACCUGUGGGACUGCAUGCUUGAGGAGUGCCAGAAGGGCUCUCUGAACAGCAGAAUCAACAUCUUGUACCUGGUGGACUCGUUAUGCGAAGCCUCUCUACUCUCGAAGCCACCACCAGGCGUAAGCCAACCUGCGUCGUCGUACGUCAACUAUGUCACGCGCGACCUGCGGAAAGUCGUCGAUGGCGUCGUCCCCGAAGGGCGGCAAGGCCUUCCAAACCUGAUGAGCACAAGACAGAUCCUGGAAAGCUGGCGGACCAAGCGCAUUAUCGAGCCGCAAAAGGUCGAAGAGGCCAUCACCCUGCUAGACGAGCGACGCGCCGCCGCGAUCGCCUCCGCCGCGAGCGGAACGUCGCCCGAGUCGUCUGCGGGCGCGCUCUCGCGGGACGACAUCAAGCGACGCAUGGAGGAGGACCGGGAGCGGCACAAGCGCCUGCGCGAGCGGCGCUGGGUGCAGCCGGUCGGGCAGGACAUGCCCGCGGCGAUGCCGCCGCUGGCGAGCUUCAUGCCGCUGACGGACGAGGGCGCGGGCGUGGACGAGCUCGCGCUGGACAUCGAGUUCGACAACGAGUGGGAGACGACGAGCGACUGGAACGAAGACGACGACGAGGCGGUCGCGGAUGAGAACGAGCUGUGCUUUUUGGAGCCCGCGGAGUAUGAUGCGCGGGAUGAGCAGGCGAUGGACUUGUCGUGA